CUCACUCCUCUUUCAAACCCACAACCUUAACAAAGUAUAAAACAAAAGCAGAGGCUAACAGAGCUAGAUAGAAACCCCUGUUUCACAAAAAUGAGAUUCAUCAUCUUCUUCUUCUUUGGGUUUUUUUUGCUUCUUCUGGUUCUGAUUGCAACAGUGGAAUCUACAUCAACAUGCAAUAGUACAGACCAAGAACAAGUCUCCAAGGCCUUCAAAUCAGUCCAAAGCUUCAAUCUUUCUUGGUUCCAAAAUCAAACUCCCAACUGCUCAAACCCACCGAUCACAGAAAUCAAGCUCCAUUCCAGAAACCUCAGCGGCAUAGUCUCAUGGAAGUACCUCAGAAACAUGUCACAUCUUCAAAACCUCGAUCUGUCAAACAAUUCUCUCAAAGGCUCUGUCCCAGGUUGGUUCUGGUCUCUUCCAACCUUACUCGAAGUCAAUCUCUCCAAGAACAAGUUCGGCGGCAGCUUCGGGUUCGAAAGCGGUUCAGUUUCCUCAGUCCAGAAGCUCAAUCUCUCCAGCAACAGGUUCACCAACUCUGUUCUGCUCUCUGGUUUUCCACACCUCAAAAUCCUCGACCUUUCUCACAACAACUUGGGUGCUCUGCCUUCUGGUCUUGCCAAUCUCACUAACGUCCACCACCUCGACAUUUCGUGCUGCAAAAUCUCUGGCAGCUCGAAACCCAUCUCUGUUCUUCGCACAUUGACCUACUUAGAUGUCUCAAACAACUCCAUGAACGGUUCUUUCCCUUCGGAUUUCCCCCCCAUUAGUCCCCUCAAAUUCUUGAACAUUUCGUUCAAUAAUUUCAGAGGUAUAGUCGGACCAGAAAAGUACCAAAAAUUUGGCAAAGCAGCUUUCAUUCAUGCCGGGAAGGAUUUAAAUCUUACAUCUUUCAAUGCUUCCAAUUCCAAAUCCCCGACCUCUCACUCUCCACCACCACAUUUUAAAUCCCCAAUUCAAAAACCUAAACCCCUCCCAAAACCCAUAACCCAAAACUCCACCCUUCAAAAACCCAAAUCUUCAAAACCCAAAACAACUCUCAUUAUCAGCCUAUCUUGCGCCUCCACAUUUGUGCUUGCUUUCAUAGCCAUCUGCCUGGCUUGCAGAUACAGAAGAAAGCAAAUUGCCAAGAAACACAAAUGGGCCAUCUCGAAACCGGUCCAGCUCGACCGGGUCCGGAUCGAGAAGUCCGGCCCGUUCUCCUUCGAAACCGAGUCCGGGACAUCCUGGGUCGCCGACAUCAAGGAGCCAACUUCCGCCCAGGUUGUCAUGUUCGAGAAGCCGCUCAUGAACUACCUCACCUUCAAAGACCUCAUCGCCGCCACGUCACACUUCGGCAAAGACUCCCAGCUGGCCGAGGGCCGCUGCGGGCCCGUCUACACCGCCGUGCUUCCCGGAGACCUCCACGUGGCGAUCAAGGUCUUGGAAAACGCCAGAGACGUCGAACACGACGCGGCGGUGGACAUGUUCGAAAACCUGUCGAAGUUGAAACACCCGAACUUGUUGCCUGUCUCCGGUUACUGCAUUGCAGGGAAAGAGAAGCUGGUGUUGUACGAGUUCAUGGCGAACGGGGAUUUACACAGGUGGCUGCACGAGCUGCCAACCGGGGAGCCCAACGUGGAGGAUUGGAGUGCCGACACGUGGGACCAGAGUGGAGCCUACUCUCCCGAGAAGAAGGGUUGGCUCACGCGCCACCGCAUUGCGGUUGGCAUAGCGCGUGGGCUGGCGUACCUCCACCAUGCCGGGUCGAAGCCGGUGGUACACGGCCACCUUGUGACUUCGAACAUAUUGCUGGGGGCGAAUUUCGAGCCGAGAAUUGCCGAUUUCGGGCUGCGGAAUUUCGGGAUGAGGGAUGGAGAUAUCGGCGGCGGGACCGAGACGGACGUGUAUUGUUUUGGGGUGGUGUUGAUGGAGCUGUUGACGGGGCGGCCCGGGACGGCGGAGACGGUGGUGUGGGUGAGGAGGAUGGUGAGGGAGGCGCGUGGGGUGGACGCGCUGGAUGAGAGGUUGAGGGAAGGUGGGGAUUUGGAGAGGGAGAUGGUGGAGAGUCUCCGAGUUGGGUACUUGUGUACGGCGGAGUCACCUGGGAAAAGGCCCAGCAUGCAGCAGGUGCUGGGUUUGCUCAAAGACAUACAUCCCAGUUCCGCUGCCACUCUGGGCUUUGUCUGAGCUUAUUGAGGUGAUGUUUUUCCACGCGCCAAGAGAUCGCUUGGUACUUGAAAAAUUGGGAAAUGAAAAUGAAAUGCUAUUUAUAUGGAAGAAAUUUACUAUGUUUCGAACUAUAUAAUGCUCCUGAUUUUUCAAUAGUUAAAUUUAUCUAUUACAGAUUUAACUGUUGAAAACUGAGAGCAUUAUAUAUUGCGGAACAUUACUCUCUUCAGUUUUUGUGUAAAAGCAAGAAUGAAUGUGACCACAUCUUGUAGUCUUCGUAUUGGGAAUAUUGUUAGUUGAGAAACAAUGUUGUAUAACAUUAGAUUAGCUGUAAAAUUUGGUUUUGUGAUGAGAAAAUCGGAGAGUGUAUCCUUCAACGUUACAUGGAAGAAAUUUUCUUGUCACCA